UAUUUCUGUUCAUCAUUGGUAUGGUAUUUCUGUUUGUUAAAAGCUUCUACGGGCUUUAAACAAAUAGCUAACAAUCAAACAAUUGUUUGAAAAUACCUUUACACAAAUGUCAAUGAAAUAUUAAUCUCGACCGUACUUGAAAAAUUGAAACAGAAAUUAGCACUAUUUUACAUGAACGCGUAUUUAUUUUGAAAAAAGGAACGUUACAAUUUAAGUUAAACAUCAAAGAUAUAUAAAACAAGUUUACAAACAUGGAAGUGCAGACAAUUUUAACGAAUACCACGGACACGGAGACGGUCAAAAGACGCCUAGCUUUCCAGAAAAGUUUUAGCCAAGAGCAUGGUGGAUCCUGGCGUAGGAAAAGUCUAAUAGAAGAUGCCAAGUUUGAAACAGCAGCAAAUCUUGAAUUUGAUAAACAAGAACGCAAAAGCAGGGGAGGGUCAAUCAGCGAAGAGGAGGAGGUGUUUCUGACGUCACAGCAGAAUGGCGACGUCAUAUCUCCAAUUGAUAAAGACGCUCUUCGGCGACAGUAUACCAUAUUGGUUUCGUUAAAAGACGGCAUAGCAUCACUUUCAAGAGUCAUCCGUGUCUUCGAGACGUCCAAAGUUGCCAUCGACCAUAUUGAGUCCCGAAAGGCAGAAAAAGUUGGAUGUAAGCACGACGUCCUAAUCCAGUGCACGGGUAACAAGGACACGGUGACGGCCGUUAUGAACACGAUACGUCAGAACAACACUAUCGCAGACAUUUGGUGCCAGAAUGAGAGACUCGUCAGCAGACAAGAGAUGUGGUUUCCGCGGCACAUAUCCGACCUAGACAACUGUACACACAUCGUCACCAAGUUUGAGCCAGAGCUGGACUGCGACCAUCCGGGGUUUACAGACAAAGAGUACAGAAAGAGACGCAAACAAAUCGCAGACAUUGCCUUUGAAUACAGAUAUGGUCAGCAGAUUCCAAGGGUGCAAUAUGCAGACUCCGAGGUUCAGGCAUGGGGUCACGUGUACGAUCGUCUGAAGAAGCUGAUGCCCAAGUACGCGUGUCAAGAGUACCAGAACUCGUUCAAUCUACUUGAGAAGGAAGGACUGUACUCUCAGAACGCUAUACCUCAGCUAGAGGACGUCUCAAACUUACUUAAACGUCGGACUGGUUUCCAACUGCGACCGGUGUCCGGACUGCUGUCGGCCCGGGACUUCCUGGCCAGCCUCGCCUUCCGUGUGUUCCAGUGCACCCAGUACGUCCGCCACCCCUCCAAGCCUGACCACUCACCAGAACCGGACUGUAUCCACGAGUUGCUAGGCCACGUGCCGAUGCUGGCAGACCCCAUUGUGGCACAGUUUUCCCAGAACCUCGGGCUCGCGUCCCUCGGAGCCUCAGACUCCGACAUAGAAAAGUUCGCCACUCUAUACUGGUUCACGAUAGAGUUCGGGAUCUGCAAACAGAAGGGUGAACAUAAGGCGUACGGCGCCGGCAUCCUGUCGUCGUAUGGGGAGCUGGAGCAUGCGCUCUCAGACAAGCCGGAAAAGCGCCCCUUCGACCCAGACAAGACGGCUGUGCAGUCGUACACGGACGAGGACCUCCAGCCGCUCUACUUUGUGGCAGAGUCCUUCGAUGACAUGAUGAAGAAAAUGAAGGACUACGCGGCGAAGAUAAAGAGGCCGUAUGAAGUUCGGUAUGACCCCUACACCAACUCCAUAGUGGUAUUAAACGACAAGGCCGUCCUGAAAACCCUUGCAGACAACAUCGCCCAAGAUACAGAGCAGAUGACCCGGGCCAUGGCCGCUAUAUAGACCGGACCCUCACUUAUAUAUAGAUCGGGCCGUCACUAAUAUAUUGAUCGGGCCUGUAUAAAAUAAACUGCUUAAGUGGAUAUUUUCACUUAGCAAACAUUUCGAUUUUUCCCAUAAAUAAGUUGAUAUGUAUAUAUUAUCUCAAAAUAAAAUUAUUAACGGAACAAUAUAGCUACGAGUAGAAAACUGAAGCAGAAAGUUAUAGAAAUAACACUGAGACUGGAAUACAUUAAUAAUUUGUCUUAAAUACACACGGUUAUAUAUAAAUAUAUUUUAACAUGGGCAUGGGUGCCAUAUCACCAAGAUUCCUAUAAGCGUUUUCGAACCUAUAACUAUUCUCGUACACCAGAGAGAUGGUGCUAUGCGUACAGCAGAUUUAUAGUUAGAUUCAUCAUUACCAAACCACUGAUGAAAAAGACUGAUCUUACACAGUUUUUCAACAUGUGUAUGCACUGUUUUAAAACCUUAUUGUUAAUACGAUUCUUAAUGAAACGCGCCCUCGGUAAUGGCAAGUCUCUGUAUAAAGCCAUAUUACCACUAUAAAGGCCGCAACCACUAGCGGGUCCAGAGGGGCGCACCCCCCCCAACCACAAAUCGACCAAGAUUAUUUCAAUACAGGAGAAAAAAAUAGUAUUACAAUACGCCCAAAAUGCACCGUUUCCGACUAGAAAUUGUUAUUUUUUCAUGGGGGAAAACCCCAAGCCCCCAUGCAAACACUUUUAACCGAAUACAUUUCGGUUCCGAGAUAGGGGCGCAAGUCAAAAGGUAACGCCCCCUUUUGUUAUGCCCCUCUUACGUCAAAUUCUGGAUCCGCCCCUGGGAAGUUCCUUUUUUAAACAAAAUACAUUUUCAUUCCUAUCAUUUAGAUUAAAUAAGCUAAAAGCCAUUAUACCAGUUUGUGAUUUUAACCCACAUUCUAAUCCAGCAUACUACAUGAUGUUACUAGCAUUUACCAAUUGUUUUUGUAAUAUUUCAGAACAUUAUCAAUACAAUUGUUUUAACUUAAUUCUUGGUGCAUUAAGUUUGUAUGUAUUGAAACAAGAUCUGGGUUGGUAUUCAAUAUACAACCUAUAUCUCAUGGUCACACAUCACUGACUUUAUUCACACUAUUGGCCAGUUAUUAAUAACAAGUAAUCCGAUUAGCUACAUCGUUCUUAGAUCAAUAUUGAAUUCCAGUCCAUGCCAUUAUUCGAUACCGAAUUUAAAUUUAAGAGUAGAAUCUGAGUUUUUGUAUUGGACUUAUAAUCAUUUGGUCAAUGGAAUGAAUGUAGUCACUGAGGCAUGACUUAGGAUAAGGAUACAAAUUAUAUUGAAGACUAUCACUCGGCCGAUAUUCGUUUACGACUUGAGUCCAAGAAUCGGACACAGACUAAGAAAAACAUUGUUUCUUCAAAUGUCAUGAAUUAUCUUUAAUAUGGUUAUUUUUUACAGAAAAUGUUAAAAUUAUCGCUAUUACGUUUUUUUUAGGUUUUUUUUUUUGCAAAAUGUACGGCCAGUUUAACCAUGAUUGCUCUAUCCCAUACCAAUUGUUCAAUAGAAUGAGAAUGUGCAGUUUCAAGUUUGGAGUCUCAAACAUAAACUCAUG